UGGAGAUUUUGGGAAGCCAUAAAAAGAGUUUCACCUUCUUCUACUUCUUUUUUAGUGUUGGCCAUCCUCAAGUCUGCAUAUAACUAAUUGCACAAGUAUUCAUUGCUGAGGUGCCUCCUAUAAACCGCAGCCAUGUCGUCAGACGCGGAGAUGGCCGUCUAUGGGAUAGCUGCUCCUUUUCUCAGAAAGCCAGAAAAGGAGAGAAUUGAAGCACAGAAUAAGCCCUUUGAUGCUAAGAACUCAGUCUUUGUGGUGGAUCCUAAAGUCUGCUACGUGAAGGCCACUAUACAGAGCAGAGAAGGAGGGAAAGUCACAGCCAAAAAUGAAAAAGGGGAAUCUGUGACUGUUAAGGAUGACCAAGUCUUUCCUAUGAACCCUCCCAAAUAUGACAAAAUUGAGGAUAUGGCCAUGAUGACCCAUCUCCAUGAACCUGGUGUCCUGUAUAACCUCAAAGAGCGUUAUGCAGCCUGGAUGAUCUAUACCUACUCAGGUCUCUUCUGCGUCACUGUCAAUCCCUACAAGUGGCUGCCAGUGUACAACCCUGAGGUGGUUAAUGCCUACAGGGGCAAAAAGCGUCAAGAGGCUCCUCCCCACAUCUUCUCCAUCUCUGACAACGCCUAUCAGGCCAUGUUAACUGAUCGUGAGAACCAGUCUAUUCUGAUCACUGGAGAAUCUGGUGCCGGAAAAACUGUGAACACGAAACGUGUCAUCCAGUACUUUGCAACAAUUGCUGCCACUGGUGAGAAGAAAAAAGAAGAACCAGCUCAACAAGGCAAAAUAAAGGGCACCCUUGAGGAUCAAAUCAUCAGUGCCAACCCCUUGCUAGAGGCUUUUGGAAAUGCCAAGACUGUGAGGAAUGACAACUCCUCCCGUUUUGGUAAAUUCAUCAGAAUCCAUUUUGGUACCACAGGCAAACUGUCUUCUGCUGACAUUGAGACAUAUCUCCUGGAGAAGUCCAGAGUUACUUUCCAGCUAAAAGCUGAAAGAAGCUACCACAUCUUUUAUCAGAUCAUGUCUAACAAGAGGCCAGAACUGAUUGAGAUGCUUCUGAUUACUACCAACCCAUACGAUUUUCACUUUGUGAGUCAGGGUGAAAUCACUGUUGCCAGCAUCAACGAUCAAGAGGAGCUGAUGGCAACUGAUGAAGCCAUUGACAUCCUGGGCUUCAACAGUGAUGAAAAGACAGCCAUUUACAAGUUAACAGGGGCUGUAAUGCACUAUGGCAACAUGAAGUUCAAGCAGAAGCAGCGUGAGGAGCAGGCUGAGCCAGAUGGCACUGAAGUUGCUGACAAGGCUGCCUACCUCACGAACCUCAAUUCAGCAGACCUGUUGAAAGCUCUGUGCUACCCUCGAGUCAAGGUCGGCAAUGAGUAUGUCACCAAAGGUCAAACUGUCCAGCAGGUGUACAAUAAUGUUGGAGCUUUGGCUAAAGCGAUCUUUGAGAAGAUGUUCUUGUGGAUGGUCGUUCGUAUUAACCAGCAACUGGAUACUAAGCAACCAAGACAGUACUUCAUUGGUGUGCUGGACAUUGCCGGCUUUGAAAUCUUUGAUUACAAUAGCUUGGAGCAGCUCUGCAUCAACUUCACCAAUGAGAAACUGCAACAGUUUUUCAACCACCACAUGUUUGUGCUGGAGCAAGAAGAGUACAAGAAAGAAGGGAUUGAAUGGGAGUUCAUUGACUUUGGAAUGGACUUGGCUGCCUGCAUUGAACUCAUUGAGAAGCCCAUGGGCAUUUUCUCCAUCCUAGAAGAGGAGUGCAUGUUCCCCAAGGCAACAGACGUUUCUUUCAAGAACAAACUCUAUGACCAGCAUCUUGGCAAGAGCAACAACUUCCAGAAGCCCAAGCCUGGGAAAGGCAAGGCUGAGGCCCACUUCUCCCUGGUGCACUACGCCGGCACUGUGGACUACAACAUCAGUGGUUGGCUGGACAAGAACAAGGACCCCCUCAAUGAAACUGUUGUAGGGCUGUAUCAGAAGUCUUCAAUGAAGACAUUGGCCUUGCUGUUUGCUGAUCGUCCAGUAGAAGAGGGCAAGAAGGCCGCUAAGAAGAAGGGUUCUUCCUUCCAGACCGUAUCCGCUCUUUUCAGGGAGAACUUAAACAAGCUGAUGAGCAAUCUGAAGAGCACUCACCCUCACUUUGUGCGCUGCCUCAUCCCCAAUGAAACUAAAACUCCUGGUGCCAUGGAACAUGAACUUGUAUUGCACCAGCUGAGGUGUAAUGGUGUGCUGGAAGGUAUCAGAAUUUGCAGAAAGGGAUUUCCCAGCAGGAUUAUUUACGGUGACUUCAAACAGAGAUACAGAAUAUUAAAUGCAAGUGCCAUUCCAGAGGGACAGUUCAUGGAUAGCAAGAAGGCUUCUGAGAAGCUUCUUGGAUCCAUUGAUGUUGACCACACUCAGUAUAAAUUUGGUCAUACCAAGGUGUUCUUCAAAGCUGGCCUUUUGGGUACUCUAGAAGAGAUGAGAGAUGAUAAGCUGGCUGAGUUGAUUACACGUACACAGGCUAUGUGCCGUGGUUUCUUAGCAAGGUCGGAAUUCCAGAAAAUGAUGGAACGGAGAGAGUCCAUCUUUAGUAUUCAAUACAAUGUCCGCUCAUUCAUGAAUGUGAAGACCUGGCCUUGGAUGAAGUUGUAUUUCAAGAUCAAACCUCUUCUGAAGAGUGCUGAAUCAGAGAAGGAAAUGGCCAACAUGAAAGAAGAGUUUGAGAAGACAAAAGAAAGCCUCGCCAAGGCAGAGGCCAAAGUGAAGGAACUUGAAGAAAAAAUGGUGUCGCUGAUGCAAGAGAAGAAUGACUUGCAGCUCCAAGUCCAGUCUGAAUCUGAUGGCUUAGCAGAUGCUGAGGAGAGAUGCGACCAGCUGAUCAAAACCAAAAUCCAGCUGGAAGCUAAAAUUAAGGAGCUGACUGAACGGGCAGAAGAUGAAGAAGAAAUGAAUGCUGAGUUGACAGCCAAAAAGAGGAAACUGGAAGAUGAAUGCUCAGAACUGAAGAAAGACAUUGAUGAUCUGGAGUUAACACUGGCCAAGGUUGAAAAGGAGAAGCAUGCCACGGAAAACAAGGUGAAAAACCUCACUGAAGAGAUGGCUGUGUUGGAUGAGAACAUUGCCAAACUGACCAAAGAAAAGAAAGCCCUCCAAGAGGCCCAUCAGCAGACCUUGGAUGACCUGCAGGCAGAGGAAGACAAAGUGAAUACUCUGACCAAAGCAAAGACCAAGCUGGAGCAGCAAGUAGAUGAUCUUGAAGGGUCUCUGGAGCAAGAAAAAAAGAUUCGCAUGGACCUUGAAAGAGCCAAGAGGAAGCUUGAAGGGGAUCUGAAGCUGGCCCAGGAAUCCACAAUGGAUUUGGAAAACGAUAAGCAGCAGCUGGAUGAAAAGCUUAAGAAGAAAGACUUUGAAAUCAGCCAGCUCCAAAGCAAAAUUGAAGAUGAGCAGGCCUUGGGCUCCCAGCUUCAGAAGAAGAUCAAGGAGUUACAGGCCCGUAUUGAGGAACUGGAGGAAGAGAUUGAGGCUGAGCGUGCAUCUCGGGCCAAAGCAGAGAAGCAGCGGGGUGAUCUCUCACGGGAACUUGAAGAGAUCAGUGAGCGUCUGGAGGAAGCUGGUGGGGCAACAGUAGCUCAGAUUGAGAUGAACAAAAAACGUGAGGCAGAAUUCCAAAAAAUGCGCCGGGACCUUGAAGAGGCCACUCUGCAGCAUGAAGCAACCGCAUCUGCCCUCCGCAAGAAGCACGCAGACAGUGCAGCUGAACUUGGGGAACAAAUUGAUAAUCUGCAGCGAGUCAAACAGAAGCUGGAGAAAGAGAAGAGUGAGCUCAAGAUGGAGAUUGAUGACCUUGCUAGCAAUAUGGAAACUGUAUCUAAAGCUAAGGCAAAUCUUGAGAAGAUAAGCCGCACGUUAGAAGAUCAGCUCAGUGAGGUUAAAGCAAAGGAGGAAGAACACCAGCGCACUAUCAAUGACUUGAGUGCUCAAAGAGCUCGUCUGCAAACAGAAACAGGGGAAUACUCACGCCAAGUAGAGGAAAAAGAUUCACUGAUUUCUCAGCUCACGAGAGGCAAGCAAGCCUUUACCCAGCAGAUUGAGGAACUGAAGAGGCAACUUGAGGAAGAGAUAAAGGCCAAGAAUGCACUGGCCCAUGGUUUGCAAUCUGCUCGCCAUGACUGUGAUUUGCUCCGGGAGCAAUAUGAAGAGGAGCAGGAAGCCAAGGCUGAGCUACAACGUUCCAUGUCCAAGGCCAAUAGUGAAGUCGCUCAGUGGAGGACCAAAUAUGAAACAGAUGCCAUUCAGCGCACAGAAGAGUUAGAAGAUGCCAAGAAAAAGCUUGCCCAGCGUCUGCAGGAUGCUGAAGAACAUGUAGAGGCUGUGAAUUCCAAGUGUGCUUCUCUUGAGAAGACAAAGCAGAGGUUGCAGAAUGAAGUGGAGGACCUGAUGAUUGAUGUGGAAAGGUCCAAUGCAGCCUGUGCAGCUCUAGAUAAGAAGCAGAAGAACUUCGAUAAGAUUCUGGCAGACUGGAAACAGAAAUAUGAGGAAACCCAGUCUGAACUGGAAGCUUCCCAGAAGGAGUCUCGCUCUCUCAGCACAGAACUCUUUAAGAUGAAGAAUGCCUAUGAGGAAUCCUUGGAUCACCUGGAAACUCUGAAACGCGAGAACAAGAACCUCCAGCAGGAGAUAUCUGACCUAACUGAACAGAUUGCUGAGGGAGGAAAGGCCAUCCAUGAACUCGAGAAAGUGAAGAAGCAGAUUGAGCAAGAGAAAUCUGAACUCCAGGCUUCUCUAGAGGAAGCUGAGGCCGCACUGGAACAUGAAGAAGGCAAAAUCCUACGCAUCCAGCUUGAACUCAACCAGGUGAAGGCUGACAUUGACAGGAGAAUUGCAGAGAAAGAUGAGGAAAUUGAUCAGCUGAAGAGGAACCACGUGAGAGUGGUAGAGUCCAUGCAGAGCACACUGGAUGCUGAGAUCAGGAGCAGGAAUGAUGCCCUGCGGCUUAAGAAGAAGAUGGAGGGAGAUCUGAAUGAAAUGGAAAUCCAGCUGAGCCACGCCAACCGCCAAGCUGCUGAGGCACUAAAGAACCUCAGGAACACGCAAGGACUGCUCAAGGAUACCCAGAUACAUUUGGAUGAUGCUUUGAGGAGCCAGGAAGAUUUGAAGGAACAAGUGGCUAUGAUUGAGCGCAGAGCUAAUCUGAUGCAGGCUGAGAUUGAGGAGCUCCGGGCAGCUCUGGAACAGACAGAAAGAGGCAGGAAGAUAGCUGAACAGGAGCUUCUGGAUGCCAGUGAACGUGUGCAACUCCUCCACACACAGAACACCAGCUUGAUCAACACCAAGAAGAAGCUGGAAACAGACAUUUCCCAAAUCCAGAGUGAAGUGGAAGAGACUAUUCAGGAAGCACGCAAUGCAGAAGAGAAAGCCAAGAAGGCCAUCACUGAUGCAGCCAUGAUGGCAGAGGAGCUGAAGAAGGAGCAAGACACCAGUGCCCAUCUGGAGAGGAUGAAGAAGAACCUGGACCAGACUGUGAAGGACCUACAGCACCGUCUGGAUGAGGCAGAACAGCUGGCAAUGAAGGGUGGCAAGAAGCAGCUCCAAAAACUGGAGCACAGGGUGCGUGAGUUGGAAGCUGAAGUUGAGAAUGAGCAGAAGCGCAGUGCUGAUGCUAUCAAGGGUGUUCGUAAAUAUGAGAGACGUGUAAAGGAACUGACCUACCAGUCUGAAGAAGAUCGGAAGAAUGUUCUCAGACUCCAGGAUCUGGUUGACAAACUGCAGAUGAAAGUGAAAGCAUAUAAGAGACAAUCUGAAGAAGCUGAGGAACAAUCCAAUGUGAAUCUUUCCAAGUUCCGCAAGAUUCAGCAUGAACUGGAAGAGGCCGAGGAGCGGGCUGACGUUGCUGAGUCCCAGGUUAACAAACUCAGGGUGAAGACCCGAGAAGUGCAUAAGAAGGUUGUUGUAAGUGAAGAAUAAGGUCACCUAGAAGCUACAAAGUGACUGAAGAGAAGCGCAAAAUGUGAAGCUCUUUGUCACUUCCUGUAAUAAUUAUUAUUUAUUUUGUCCUCAAUUUCUGGAAAAUAAAGAUAGCAGAUUCCUUAGCAAACUGAUAA